AUGAAGUUUCUACCACUUGCGUUGAGCGCAACGGUCUCGACCGCCCUGGCUGCGGUGAUCCCCCAGGAGCCAUUAGGUCCGUCAAUCGUCCAAAACACCCAACAGCCCAAGUGGUUGAUUGAGUUGGCCCCAUACACCACCCGCUGGGUGACCGAGGAAGAGAAGUGGGCGUUGAAAUUGGAUGGAGUCAAUUUCAUUGAUGUUACCGAUGAGUUCCAGUCCGGAUCUUACGGUACUCUUCACACGCAGCGCGUCGUCCGGUACCCGGGCCAGAUGAACUACACCGAAGCCGUGGUGCCUCUCGCUGGAGAGCUUUCUAAGAGCAAUAUGAAGAAGAACCUGGAGCACUUCACCUCCUUCCACACCCGCUACUACAAGUCGCAGACGGGUAUCCAGUCUGCUGAAUGGCUGCUGGAUCAAGUCACCACCGUGGUGCAUGAUUCAGGUGCCACCAAGUACGGCGCAACUGUAGAGCGAUUCGAUCACCAGUGGGGCCAGUUUAGCAUUAUCGCCCGCAUCCCGGGUCAAACCAAAAACACUGUUGUGCUGGGGGCCCACCAGGACAGCAUCAAUCUGUUUCUCCCCUCGAUCCUGGCUGCGCCAGGUGCAGAUGACGAUGGUAGUGGAACUGUCACGAUCCUCGAGUCACUCCGAGCCCUGCUGCGGUCGGAGGCGAUUGUUCAGGGUCAGGCAAACAACACCAUCGAAUUCCACUGGUACUCGGCGGAAGAGGGAGGUCUGUUAGGUUCCCAGGCCAUCUUCUCCAAGUACAAGAAAGACCACCGUGAAAUUAAGGCUAUGCUUCAGCAAGACAUGACUGGCUAUGUUCAGGGUACGCUGGAUGCCGGCCAGCCAGAGUCAGUGGGUGUCAUUGUCGACUAUGUCGACCCAGGUCUCACCGCAUUUAUCAAGGAAGUCAUCACCACUUACUGUGAUAUCCCUUACGUCGAGACCAAGUGCGGUUAUGCCUGCUCCGACCAUGCUUCGGCCAGCCGAUUCGGCUACCCCUCGGCUUUUGUGAUUGAGUCUCAGUUCGAGAACUCAGACAAAAAAAUCCACUCCACCGAUGACUUGAUCAAGUAUCUGAGCUUUGAUCACAUGUUGCAGCAUGCCAAGAUGAGCUUGGCCUUUGCAUACGAGUUGGCAUUUGCCCCUUUCUGA